AUGCGUGGAAAAAUACGAUAUCAACUAUUAGAUCCGGCAAAUCGAACAAAACCAGUUAGUCAUAUUAUAUUCUAUAUUUUAUUAGUACUUGUAACUUUAUUCAUAAUUUUCGCACUUUUUCAAAAACCCAAAGGUGAGUAACAAACAUUUUUCGAUAACAAUUUAAUACAAUUUUUCCAGAAACCAACAAAUCUUCAAAUAAUGAUCCAAUUCCAUACGAAGAUGUUAUAAAAGAACUCCAAACUGAGAUUACAAAUCGGAACGAGAUGAUAAAUGAGCUUCAGAAGAAUUUCCGAUCUGUUAGUUUGAAAUCAAAUUUGGUUCCCAUAUUUCGUCGUCGACCAGAAACCCAACAUAUUGAUUGUGGAAGAAUUUUGAGAAAUGACAAGGUUUGUAACUCUGUUUCCAAUGCAAACAAAACUUUGUUAUCAUGAAAACGUUCGCAAUUUUGUUUUCAAUGAGAACACAAAAUUUUUUAGGAUUACAUAAAGCAAUUUGGUGGGGACAAUCGAGUAAAAAUGGUGGAGAAUGCUAACUUGGAUAUGAGCUGUUCUCAUAUUAGUGAUCGAAUUAUUCCAACCAUGAAUUUGAGAAGUUUAUCAGCUGGAAUUGCAUUCGCACGAAUUGUUUAUACAGAUUAUGAACUAAUUGAAGAUCAAAUCAGAGCAUCUUAUCAUCCUCAAAAUGUAUUUUGUUUUUCCAUUGAUCAAAAAGCUGACGAGAAGUUUCAUCAAAGAAUGAAAGCGUUAGCUUCAUGUGUUCCGAAUAUUAUCCUUCUCCUUGAAGAAAAAUCGGUUGAUUCAUCUGGUCACAAUGUUAAUCGAGCACAUUACAAUUGCCUGAGAGCUCUGGUUAACAAACCUGGAUGGAAUUAUGUAAUUCUUUUACAAAAUCACGAUAUGAUUGGGAAAUCAGUUUAUGAACUCGAGAAAAUAUAUCAAAUUUUGGGCGGAGCAAAUGAUGUUGAAAUAACACCAGAAAAUGGAAGAAUAAAUAAAAAAGAUUAUUUGUGGGAUACUCGAUCUUUGAAAAUGUUUCGAAAUGAAUCAUUAGCUAAUGCAACUCAAUUGGAUAAUGUUAUGAGUUUUGCAAAAGGAGCAGCACAAGGUUCACUUUCUCGAAAAGCUGUUGAAUGGAUGGUUGAAACUGUUAACUUGGAUACUGUAAUUGAACAAAUGAAUUCAGAAAGUUUUGGAGUUGAUGAAAUGUUUAUUCAAUCUUUGCAAAUAUCAUCGUUUCUUGAAAUGCCUGGACAUUUCACAGAUGAAUGUUUGAAACAUAACAAGAAUACUGAUUUCAUUUCUCGAAUGUCUCAGUGGAAUUAUGGAGAUGCAAGUUCUUGUGCAUCAGGAGUUCUUCGACAUUCGAUUUGUUUGAUUGGAAUACAAGAUAUUCCUUCAAUUGCUGAAUUUCCAAAUAUUAUGUAUAAUAAAAUGAUGCCCGAAUUUGAUGUGACUGCGAUUGAUUGUCUUGGUGAACUCAUUUAUAAUCGAACUUUUUUGAAUCAAACCGAUCAUCCUUUGGAGGAAUCCUACUAUUCAAAUAUGGUUAAUGUAAGUUUUUAUUUAAAUUCCUAGCAUAUGUAUGUCAUAUUCAAACAUUUUUCAGGUGCUCUAUCAUAAACAUCAUCAUGAACCAGAUUACAAACUCGAUUGCAACCCAUCUUAUAAAACAUGGCAACACCGAAAAUAUCCCAUUUAA